GCACCCUCCCCUCUUCUUUCCAAUGCCCUCAUUCAGAAUCCCCAGCUCCGCCAGGCUUCUUAUAUGUCACCUAUCCAGAGAGCUCAAUCUCCACAACCUGAAAUGAUACCACAACAAAUCCAACAAAUGAAUUUACGGUCAUCCCCUGGUUUGGCCAAUGCCUUGCAAAACCCUCAUCUCAGAAACGCCUCUUAUAUCUCACCUCUGCAUAUGGCUUCAUCACCUGGUACCCAAGUGGCACCACAGUAUGAGCAAGCACAGACAUCAUCCUCAGUGCUUUCAAGUGCAUUACAAAACCCUUACCUUCGGAAUGCUUCAUUCACAUCUCCUUUGCAGAGAAUAGGCUCUCCAUAUUCUCCAAUGAUGACACAAACUGCUCAGAUAGAUCCACGCACUUCUCCCAUGCUGACUAGUGCACUGAUGCAGAAUCCUAAUUUGCGCAAUGCAUCCUUCAUCUCACCUUUUCAGACAAACCCCAUGCAUGAACAAGGAAGUCAGAUUGAGCAGCAAACUCAAGCUUCUUCUCCCUUUCUUGGAGGUGCUUUGCAAAACCCACUACUUCGUAACGCCUCAUACAUCUCCCCUUUACAGAGAAACAUUGGUGCCCAAGCACAAGUGUCUUCGUCUCCCACUGGACAAUUAGGACUUCUCUCAAAUGCAUUAAGCAAUCCUCAUCUCCGAGGGGCAUCCUUUCAGCUGCCAGAUGGAACAAUCAUAUCACCGCACUCAGAGAACAAAACAGAACAAGCCACACCAUCACUUUUAUCAAGUGCUCUACAGAACCCAACUCUUCGUAAAGCUACCUACAGGCUCCCUGAUGGAACACUUAUUACAAGAAAUGAGGUGGUACAAGCACCUUCAACUUCACCACUUCUGUCCAAUGCCCUUCAAAAUGCCAGUGUUCGAAAAGCUACAUAUAGGUUACCUGAUGGAUCUAUCCUAACUCUUGCUCCCGAACAACCUGAAGAAGAGCAGUCCUCAUCAAAAAUAGGGAGUGCAUUGAGUGCGAAUCUCAAGAGAGGACACAAACUUCCUGACAUGUCUUUUCUCUCCAAAAAACAACCACAGAAACCAUCUUCUCCACUUCUAUCAGGUGCUCUAAAGAAUGCUAAUCUUCGCAAUGCUACUUACCGACUACCAGAUGGAACCCUUUUGAGACAACAGCCAGAAGAAGAAGAGCAAUCUUUUUCUCCGAAUCUGUCAGGUGCUUUGCAGAAUGCUAAUCUUCGCAAUGCUACUUACCGACUACCAGAUGGAACCCUUUUGAGACAACAGCCAGAAGAAGAAGAGCAAUCUUUUUCUCCACAUCUGUCAAGUGCUUUGCAGAAUGCUAACCUUCGUGCAGCAUCCUACAGACUCCCAGAUGGAUCACUUUUGUUGAAAAAGCCAGGACAAAAAGAACAAGCCACACCUUCAAUGAUGUCCAGUGCACUCAUGAAUCAAAACCUACGAAAAGCCACCUAUAAGUUACCAGAUGGAUCAAUAGUCACAAGGAGGCAGGCUCCCCAAACCAUUCAAGCAUCAUCUCCAUUCCUGUCAAGCGCCCUGCUGAAUCCUAACUUACGGAAUGCAUCCUUCAAGCUGGGAGGCUCACCAUUAGACCCAUCUGGAAGGUACGCUGUUGUGUCACCUCAGGUUCAGGGAAUGCAACAAGGUGAACAUUGGGCCCAAGAUCAUACUGUUGAUGGUCAGCUGCCUUGUGAUGUUUGGUCUGCAGAGAGGGUCCUCCCUCAUGGAACUGUGCAAAAUCUCACAAAAUGGUCCAUGUACAGGGAUGAAGAACUGUUGGACCCAAGCAUUCCUCCAUAUAUUGGACAAGAGGCAGAUGGUGCAGUUCCAGAGUGGGCACCUGACAGGGAAGGGGAACCUCAAGGGAACUGGUAUGAUAAGAUGUACUCCAUACGCAGCCUCCCCACCAUGCGGUACAGGGAACUGGCUGAGGAGGAUGGGAUUGAAGAUAUGACCCAACUGGAGGAGCUACAUGAAGGGGCUGUUUUAAUAAACUUGAAGAAGAGGUAUGAGCGUGAACUGAUUUAUACCUACAUCGGAAGCAUCCUGGUGUCCGUGAAUCCCUACAGGAUGCUUAACAUUUAUGGGACUGACAUGGUGCUGCAAUACAAGGGACAUGCUUUGGGGGAAAAUCCCCCACAUCUUUUUGCUAUUGCAAAUGUCUGUUACACAAAAAUGAUGGAUGCCAAACAGAACCAGUGCAUUAUCAUAAGUGGGGAAAGUGGUUCUGGAAAAACUGAGGCCACCAAGCUGGUUCUGCGCUACUUAGCUGCGAUACACCACAAGCGUAACAUCACUCAGCAGAUUCUUGAAGCAGCUCCCUUAUUAGAAUCAUUUGGAAAUGCCAAAACCGUGAGGAACGAUAACUCUAGUCGAUUUGGAAAGCUUGUGGAGAUAUUCAUGGAGGAGGGCGUAAUCAGUGGUGCCAUAACCUCACAGUAUCUCCUUGAGAAGUCCAGGAUUGUGUUUCAGGCCAAAGAUGAACGAAACUAUCACAUUUUUUAUGAGAUGCUCGCAGGCCUCCCCUCACAACAAAGACAGUCCUUCUACCUCCAAGAGGCAGAAACAUACUACUAUCUCAACCAGGGAGGGGACUGUGAGAUCCCUGGGAAGAGUGACCGAGAGGACUUCCGCAGACUUGUCAGCGCCAUGGAGAUACUUCACUUCAGUGCCGAAGACCAGAGCAGCAUCUUUAGGGUCCUGUCUUCCAUCCUGCACCUGGGCAAUGUCUUCUUUGAGAGAUACGAGAACGACUCACAGGAAGUUGCAUCGGUGGUGAGUGCUCAGGAGAUCCGUGUGGUGGCUGAACUCCUUCAGAUCUCCCCCGAGGGGCUGCAGAAAUCCAUCACCUUCAAAGUCACGGAAACAAUGAGGGAGAAAAUAUAUACCCCUUUGACAGUUGAAAGUGCAGUUGAUGCCAGAGAUGCGAUUGCCAAGAUCAUGUACUCCCUUCUGUUCAACUGGCUGACAGAUCGUAUCAACAAGUUGGUUUACCCGCGAAAUGAUGCCUUUUCUAUCUCCAUACUCGACAUCUAUGGAUUUGAGGACCUUACCUUCAACAGCUUUGAGCAGCUUUGCAUAAAUUAUGCAAACGAGUACCUUCAAUUCUUUUUCAACAGGAUAGUGUUCAGGGAAGAACAAGAGGACUACAGCCGAGAGCAAAUUGACUGGCAAGAGGUGCCUUUCAGCAACAACCAGGACUGCAUUGACAUCAUAGCUGCAAAGCCCCAUGGGAUACUCAGAAUCCUUGAUGACCAGAGUGGUUUUCCUCAGGCAACAGACCACACCUUCCUUCAAAAAUGUCACUAUCACCAUGGCAACAGCCCCUUGUAUGUGAAGCCAAAAAUGCCCCUUCCCGAGUUCACCAUAAAACACUACGCUGGAAAAGUUACUUACCAGGUCCACAAGUUUUUAGACAAAAACUUUGACCAGGUGCGUCAGGAGGUGCUCGACCUUUUCAUUCAGAGUAGAAACAAGAUGGUGGCUAAUCUCUUCACGAGCUACGCCGAGGCCCUCAGUCAACAGAGGACACACGUGAGGAAGAACAGCACCGUGACUCGGCGCUACCAGCCCUCCACGGUCGCGGCCAAGUUUCAGUUUUCCCUUCUGGAGCUCAUAGAGAAGAUAGAGAGAUGUAACCCCUUUUUUGUUCGCUGUAUCAAGCCAAACAAUACAAAGGAGCCUGGUGUGUUUGACGGGGAGCUGGUGAGCGCACAGCUGCGUUACUCUGGGAUCCUGGAGACCAUCCGCAUCAGGAAGGAGGGCUACCCGAUUAGAGUGCCUUUUGAUGUCUUCCUUUUCAGGUACAAAUCUCUUCUGGGGAUGAAGCAGCCUCCCCCUGCAAUUGGUGACAACUGUGUCAUCAUGCUCAUGAAGCUGUGUCCCGUCAGACCAGGGGCCUUCCAAGUAGGAGUCACUAAGCUUUUCCUGAAGGAGGAGGUGUACCAGCUCUUGGAGAGUAAGCGGGAUCGGGUACGGCAUGUUGCUGCUCUCACGCUGCAGCGCUACACACGCAUGUACUUUGUGCGCAAGCGCUUCAAGGCUUUCCGCAUGAAGAUCAUCAAGCUGCAGGCCCACUGCAGGGGAUUCCUUGCAAGAAAACAAUAUGUGAAGAUGAGGAUUAGCCUGAUCAAGUUUCGGUCAAUUAUCCACAUGUAUGUCAAUCGUAAGAGGUUCAUCAAGCUCAAACUGGCGGCAAAACGGAAGGAGGAGGAGGAAAGGAUCAGAAGGGAGAAGGAACUAUCGAGGCGAGAGGUUGUCAAUGUCACACAUCUACCCAUUCCAGCAGAACUGGGAGGGCUCCUCAAUUCAGCUGCAGGAGGAAGGGAGCUGCACUCGGACUGCCUUGCUCUGGUCCAGGCCCCAACAGUUCAAGUGGAGUCCCAGCUCACUCUGCCCCUCGACAUCAAUAAUUACUCCAUGACUAAAUGCAUACAGCUUUAUUUCAAGGCACCCAAGUUUGGAAUGUUGACAACACUUUUGGACAUGCCACUGACGCAUGUGGAUGAGGACCUAAAGCACGAGGCUCUUAAUAUUUUCAUCAUGGUUUUACGGUUCAUGGGUGACCCGCAUCUGAAUGGCGCCCAGGAGAACCUCUUCGGGAACUACAUCAUUCAGAAAGGGCUGACGCAUCCCAGCCUGCGGGAUGAAAUCUUGUGUCAAAUUGCCAACCAGGUGUGGAGGAACACUAAUCCUGACAAUGCGGAGAGAGGCUGGCUGUUGCUGCUCGCCUGCCUGAGUGCGUUUGCCCCCUCUGUGAAAGUGGAGAAGUAUCUCCUCAAGUUUGUCUCAGACUAUGCAAUGGAGGGCUAUAACGCUAUUUGCCAGCAUAGGCUCAUACAAGCCAUGCAGAAGUCUAUUUACGGUCCAGAGACUGCACGGACCUAUCCUCUGUCCUUGUUGGAGUGGACGGCCAAUAGAAAAAAAGCCAACAUGGUGUUGCAGGUGCACUGCUUUGAUGGGACAUCCUUCCUGUGUCCUGUCCAUUCUUGGACAAGUGGAGAGGACCUGGCAGGGGACAUUCUUCAGCACAGGGGUAUUCUGGAGGGUUGGAAGGGCAGUUCUGUCUUCACGAAGGAGCAUGGUCAGUGGGCUGAGCUAGCCGGUCACGAUUACGUGAUGGACCUGAUUGCCGACCUGGAGCUGAUCAGGGACUUCCCCAAGCAAAAGUCCUAUUUCAUCAUCUCUGCAGACAGCCCCGCCCGGACCCGGCCCAACGCCAGCCUUGCCCUGUUUGGAAGUGGGUUUGACUCAGACGAGGAGAGUCCUCUUGCCAUGACUCACUAUGCAAUGCCCAGCAUCCCAGACUCAGACGGAUACUACAGUCACGUAGAGUCGGACACGUUCAGUGAGCCUCCCACCCAGAGAGGAAUGGACCGCUACCUGGACAGCCUGUUUGAUCCGGUGCUUUCUGAUGGAAGUGGGGACCUGGAGAAGACCGCCAGUAUGUCCAGCAGAAUGAUGGGAGCAGGUGGACUUGGGGUGGAGGAGGGCGAAGGGGAGAAACCCCCGACGGGCAGGUCCUAUCCUCCACGACUACAACCCGGAGGGGUAGACCAUUCAGUUGUGUCACAGCAGCAGCAAGCUAUUAUCAACCAACAAGCAAUCAUCUUGGCCCAGCAGAUGACUAUGCAGGCCAUGGCCAUGCACCAGCAGAUGUACGGCUCGAUGGGUCCCCCCACCUCGGCCCCCACUGCAGCCCCGCAACACACACCUGCAUACCUGGGCCACUCAGCACACACCAGCUCAACCAGCCCAACUAAGCCAGAGGCCGGAAUUCUAUACAAGCCAACUCCAGUGCCGCUCGCUAACAAGGAGAGAUCUGCACAACGAAGCAGCGCAAGCCCGAUGCGGCCUUCACCCCCAGAUCACGUGGUUCGGGCCACGAUCUCCAACACCGAGCACUGGGAACCCAGUCACAACAUCAAGGACAUCAUCAAACAGUACCAGCCCAGCAGUGUCCUGAAACCCGUGGAGAUGCCCAGAAAGGAGGUGAAAACAUUCGUGAGGAAGCCAGACCCUCACGAUGAAGCCAUGCUGAUCCUGAAAGACCAGAUGAGUGCUCCACCCCAACAGAGGAAGAAGACCUAUGGCCCUUCGUCCUCAUCUGCUACAGCAGCACACGACUCUAGAUAUGAAGACAGCAGAAUACCAAAGACUGUGAAGAGGUCUCAGCCACCAGUGCCUGCAGUCAGCCACAGGCACCCACCCCCAGACCCAGUGUCCAGAGAGCUGCCGGUUGAGACGGAGACCAUCAAGACCCAGCUGCACAAAAAGAGCAGCGAAGACCACUACACCUACACCAACGUGCCCUGGAAGAUCUACCUCAGGAAGGAGGUUUUCUACCCCAAAGACAGCUUUAACCACCCCUUGGUUCUGGAUCUCCUAUUCAAACAGAUUGUCCAUGACACAUUUUCCGAGGCUUGCAUUCGGAUCACUAUAGAAGAGAGACAGAAUAUGAAAUCCCUGUUUGAUGAGAACAGCAUUACUGUAGCCUCGACUGCCCCGGAUGAUAAUGUGAAGAAAAAGGUUGUGACAGCAGCCAGAGACUCAUGGGAGAUUUACUUCUCAAGGCUGUUCCCAGCUUCUGGCAGUGUGGGCACUGGAGUUCAGGUUCUCUCUGUGUCACACAAAGGCAUUAGACUCCUGAAGAUGGUCAGAAGCAGUGCUGCAGUUCCCGACUACUUCAGAGUCCUGCGUCCCUACAGUUACACCGAUAUUAUGUUUGUCACCAUCCCAUCUAAGAACAUGCUGGAGUUCAACCUGUCCAACGAGAAACUCAUCCUCUUCUCCUCCAAAGCCCCACAGGUCAAAACCAUGAUUGACCACUUCAUCACAGAACUGAAGAAGGAUUCACAGUAUGUAGUUGCAGUACGGAAUUACAUUACGGAUGACAGAACACUACUGAGUUUCCACAAGGGGGACAUCAUCCGGCUGCAGACUAUGGAGGGUCUGGAGGAAGGUUGGAAGUUUGGCGCGGUCCAUGGUCGGGCCGGAGUCUUCCCUGCGGAGUAUGUGCAGCCAGUAGCAGCGCCUGACUUCAUCAACCUCCCGGUAGACAAGAAAGAGGAGCCCAAGAACAAGCAGGGCCGAGUGGCAGCGUCGGCGGCUGUGGCUGUAGCCGUAGCCUCCUCAGUCGCCGCCCACGAGUUGGACCGCUCCAUAGAGGUGGCUGCGCCAGCCAACGAGCACACCGAGGCCUACCCUGGCUACAGCAGCAUGGAGGUUGAUGAGAGGUUUCUGUAUGACAUCAAAUACAACAUGGUGGAGUUUGCUAAGAAGUACUUCAGAGAGGCCCAGAGAAGUAACAGCGACUCCUACAAAACCAGAACAAAAAAGGGGAAGGAGCCGAGGGAACCAGUUGAGAUGGUGAAAUUUUCCAAGUCCCCCAUCCAGGAAUCUUUAAUCGAUUUCACAGAUGAAAAUAUGAAUAAAAUGGCGGCUGACAUUUUCCUGGCCAUUAUGAAGUUUAUGGGAGACUAUCCAAUGAAGGGCCAAUCGGAACAGGAGGUCAUUAGUACCAUUCUUAAGCUGAGUGGAGAGUUCGGACCAAUGAAGGACGAAGCUUACUGCCAAGUCCUGAAGCAGAUCACGGGAAACACCAGCUCCAAAACCGACAGCUGCCAGAGAGGCUGGAGGCUCCUGUACAUCCUCAGCGCUUACUACCGCUGCUCUGAAGUGCUCAAGCCCUACCUGCUCAAGUACCUGGUGGACGUGCACGCAAAUCAGGGCAUACACUUCCAAGGGAUUGCUAAAGCGUGUGAGCAGAAUCUCAGGAAGACUUUCCAGUAUGGGGGCCGCAUUGAGUCCCCAAACAGCAUGGAGCUGAAGGCCAUGUUGGCUGGCAGGAGCUCCAAGAGGCAGCUGUUUCUAUUACCUGGCGGAAUCGAGCGACACCUAAAAAUAAAGACAUGCUCAGUUGCCCAGGAUGCCAUUGAGGAGCUGUGCUAUGAGAUGGGUCUGAACAAACUUACGGCCAUGGAUGAAUAUGCCAUAUUUGUGGUCGUUAACAGAGGUCAAAACGUUCGCCCUUUGAACAAACGGGAGUACAUCCUGGACAUCACCACAGAGGCCGAGCCCAUCGACAGCACCUACAGCCUCUGGUUCAGGAGGGUGAUCUGGACCCAGCUCCUCAAAUUUGACAACGAGCUAAGCGUUUCCGUGCAUUAUAAUCAGAUAUCCCCGGACUACUUGAAAGGCCUGCUCAAUGUGGUGCCGCAAGGGAAACUCAGCGAUCAGCAGCUUCAGCAAGUGGCUAAACUGGCAGCGCUUCAACAUCGAGCCAAGGAGUCGGCCUACCUCCCCACUGUCCAUGAGGUACAGGACUACAUCCCCGUGCAGCUGUACACGGAGCAGAGGCCGCAGCAGUGGCUCAACAUCAUCACCCAGCACAUGCAGCAGGUCCAGCCCCUGAGCUCACACCAGGCCAGGGCACAGUUCCUCGGACUGGUGAGUGCAUUCCCGAUGUUCGGUUCCUCGUUCUUCUACAUCCAGAGUAGCAGCAACAGCGUUAUAGACACUCCCUGCAUCCUGGCUGUCAAUGAAAAUGGUCUCAACUUCAUCAACAAGGACACUCAUGAGAUCCUGGUGAAGUUCUCCCUGAAGGAGGUGCAGUCCACUCGAACGCAGCGCCCCACAGCUGGAUCCAGUUACCCGUACGUGGAAAUUAAACUGGGGGACCUGAUGUCUCAGAGGAUCACUCAGCUGCAGCUGGACCAGAGCCUGGAGCUGUGCCGAGUCAUUGCCAUGCAUGUGGAAAACCUGCUCUCUGUGCGGGAGAAGCGCCUGACGCUGCCGCCGAGCGAGAUCACCCUCCUGUGACGCGGCCCCCCACGCGUACGCCCCCGAGUCACACCA